AUGGCUAACUGGAAUGACGAACAAAAAUUACGAUAUAUUUCCAUACAUUUACAGGAUGAUGCACAUAGGUGGUGGAUGCAAACAUCCACAUCAAUUAAAACAUGGUCAGCAUUUAUUACAGCUAUUACACAAGCUUUUGGAUCAACAAAGGUACAAGAAUUAGCAUUUGAACAAUUAAAAUGGUAUAAACAGACAGUUAAUCAAUCCAUUACACAAUAUUAUGAUAAAAUUAUGGAAUUAUGCAAAAAAGUCGAUCCUAUAAUGCCUGAUUCUUUGAAAUUGAAAUAUUUAAUGGCUGGAGUGAAAGAAUCAUUGAAAACGCAUGUAGCGUUACAAGAUCCCAAAACAACUGAAGCAUUUCUAUUAUCGGCAAGGAAGAUUGAAGAUGUAUUAUCACUUACCAAAACAAAUAAUGAAUUAUCUGACAAUGAUAUUACCAUUAUCAAUGCAACUGGUUAUCAAAAUCAAGUACGUAAUCAAGCAACAUUCACACAAACAUCAAACAAUAAAUUUAAUCAAAAAAAUACUGGCUAUGCAGAUGCAGCAGAAACUCGUACAACUUCUAAUAAGAAUACAACAGCUGGAAAUAACGCAAAUCGACAAAAUAAAUUCUCAAAUUUUACAAGAUCAACACAGAAAUUAGGUGUUUGUUACAAUUGUGGUACUCCUGGCCAUUAUGCCCGGGAUUGUACCCGUCCCCAUUUUCAAUAG